CAACCUUGUAAGCAUCAACAACUUUUGUAACUAUCGGUAGAGAUCGACAUCAUCCUUGGACAACUUCACCAAAGCCCUUAAUCAAAGAUCGACCAAGAACAACGAGAACACAAAUGGCUAGGGCAAAGCACAAAGGCAUCUCUGCAUCUUUGCACCAUCCACCACCAACAUGUACCAUAUGCGUCGUUGCAGCCACGCUAUAAAAUGCUGCGUGUUGCGUAGCAUUCUGCAUCAUCGAUCAAAGACCUGUCUUGCUGCAGAGUGCAACACAGAGUGAGCAAUGGGGGGAUGGAGUCCGAGCUCUGAGACCGUCGAAGAUCAGGGUUCAAAGACCACGAAAGAUCAGAGUUUGAUGAUCGCAAAAGAUGUAACCGAAUUGAUCGGUAAGACCCCGUUGGUGUACCUGAACAAGGUGGUAUCCGGGUGUGAGGCGCGUUUAGCUGCCAAGCUUGAGAUCAUGGCGCCCUGCUCCAGUAUCAAGGACAGGAUUGGUUAUAGCAUGAUCGCCGACGCGGAGGAGAAGGGCCUGAUCACCCCUGGAAAGAGCGUCCUGAUCGAGCCGACGGGCGGGAACACCGGCAUCGGGCUGGCGUUCAUGGCGGCGGCCAAGGGGUACAGGCUGAUCGUGGCGAUGCCGUCGUCGGUGAGCACGGAGCGGCGGGCCGUGCUCAGGGCCUUCGGCGCGGAGGUGGUGCUCACCGACCCGAUGCUGGCCAUGGACGGCGUGGUGCGCAAGGCCGAGGAGAUCGCGGCGCGGACGCCGGGAUCCCACGUGCUCCAGCAGUUCGCCAACCCCGCGAACCCCAGGGUCCACUACGAGACCACCGGGCCCGAGAUUUGGAGCGCCACGGCGGGCAAGGUCGACAUUCUCGUCGCCGGCAUAGGGACCGGCGGCACGAUCACCGGAGCCGGGAGGUACCUCAAGGAGAAGAACCCUGCCUUGAAGAUCUAUGGCGUGGAGCCGUCGGAGAGCGCGGUGCUGUCCGGAGGGAAACCCGGUCCGCACAAGAUUCAGGGCCUCGGCGCCGGCUUCGUUCCCGGCGUGCUCGAUGUCAGCCUCCUCGACGAGGUGUUCCAGGUCUCCAACGAGGAAGCCGCGGGCAUGGCGAGGCAGAUCGCCCUGAACGAAGGGCUACUGGUCGGGAUAUCGUCGGGCGCGGCGGCCGUCGCCGCCGUCAGGGUCGCCAGGAGGGCCGAGAACAGGGGGAAGCUCAUCGUCGUGAUCUUCGCGAGCUUCGGCGAGCGAUACCUGUCGUCGUUCAUGUACGAGUCCCUCAAGAACGAGGCCGAAAGCAUGGCCUUCGAGCCAGAGUCGGACGGUUCCUGAUUCGAUCGCUUUGUCCCUUUUUAUGUAUGUUGAUGAAGAAGGCCUGCACUCACUCCAGCAGACCAAGACGACGUUCUUUUCUUUGAAGCUCACGCUCUGAUAUGCAUAUGCCAUCAGCAGUUUUUCUAUGGCCGGAAAAAAUAAAUUAAAAUUCUCAA